CUGCCAUUUUGAAUCAGCUGUUCAGCGGGUGGAAAAUGUCACGUUGACAGCGCAAAACACGCUAAACACACACCAGCUAUCAAAACACUGACCUUUUCUGCGGAGCAAGACCGCAUAGCCAGCGCGAAAUGAAGCGACAGUCGAGAAAUGUGCUGCUCGAUCGGCUGCACCGGGGCGUCGUGUACACCUGCAUGGGCCUGACGAUGUACGGCACCUACAUGCUCGGGGUACGCGUCUACCGGUACUUCACCGUCAUCAAGCCAGCCCGGCAGGCGGAAGAGCUGAAAAUGCUGGAAGCUGGAGCGGCGAAGCAAGCGCCCUCGUUGGACACGGCCCCAACGCUCACCUCGUAGGCCAAGCCUCGCUAAGUGUACGAUAGGAAACUAGAGUUUAGAGCAUACUGUUUGUCCAGCAAUAAAUUAUGUAAUUAUUCAA